UGUGUGAAUAAAUGUGCUGUAUUCUAGUGGCUUUUGCUCCGAAAACAUGUCAAGCCAUUUGUAAACCUGCAACAUUCGUGUUUUUAUGUUGUAGCUUUUGUUGCGUUUUUACAUUUGCUUGGGUGGACUUGUUAGAUGCUGCGAAUAAAGGCAGACGCAGUAGGCUGUAUGGAAAUCUUUUGCAGCCCAGCCUGCUUUACAACAGUGUCGUGCAGUAGUUGUUGUGCCGUGUGUUAGUGUAACGUAUCUGACCAAUCGUCAUUAUCGUUCGCUAUAUAUUAGCUUUACUGACGUGAUACGGAACCAUGAACUAGCUACUUUUGUUUUCUUUUGACCAAAUGUGGAAGGAAGUGGUUUUUAGUUUUCGAAAGCAUACAGUUAGAAGUGGCAAACUAGUAUAGCAAACAUUAUUUUAAAUUAUAUCCGUGAACAAAACAAACACGAAAAAAAAACAUUGAUCAUUUUGCAAGUGUUGCUGCAGUUAUGCAAGUUGUAGUUUACAAAAAGAAGCAGCGUUUUCUGUAUAACAAAAAAAAAUCACUCGUCUAUUGACAGUCAUGAUAUCAAAUAUAUAGAUUGCUUGAUGUGAGAAAUGAGUACCGGCUUGCGGCUGCGGACAAUAUCAUCCAAUUCCAAUGUCAUAUCAUGCGUCCUACGAGUGUUGCAAAUCAAUCGUUUUUGUCUCGUCUGUUGCUCUGCUUCCUGAUCCCGAAAAAGGGUUCGUCGCUUUAACUAGUUGCCACCGCUAGCGCUGCAGUCUUUCGUUGUGGUUGUGAGCAAAUCGUGUGUGUUUUUAUGCGUUUGCUAUUUGGCAAUUAUCGGCAAACCGUAUGGUGGAUAACUUGGUCUAAUACGUGAUAUCACUUUGUGUUUGAUGUGUGCCUUGAAUGUACAAGUAGUUCAAUAUAGCAAUAGCUUUUGUUCUUCUAUAGCGUGGUGCGGUGAUCUUGUUAUAAUAUCAGUACGUUAUACAGCAGUGGAUAAAGCGUUAUGUAAACGAUGUUACUGCAUAUAGUGAGAAAAUAUGAUAAGUGACUGAAAAUUGCAGCUCGUUGUACUGUGUCGGUGCACUUGAAAUGUGUGAAUUGGGAUUUGCACAUCGUACUAUAUACAUAGAUCGUCUUUAUUAUUUUGCCUUUCUUUUCGCAAGGCUAUAAAAUGUUCUUAGAAGCAAGAGGAUAAAAUGAGAAACGUUGCAGCGGCGCUGUUUGUUAUUCUCACAAUUUUCAAAUUAAGGGCCGCCAAAUGUUUCGUAUCAACAGUGCUUUGCUCGCGUAUACCAGGCCUCACGCAAACCCAGCGUCAGAUAUGCACAGAAUCAUCAGAUGCUGUUGUAUCCUUAGCCUCUGGACAGUUAUUAGGAGCGAGUGAAUGCCAAAAACAGUUUUACGGUCAUCGAUGGAACUGUACUCACGUAUGGAAUAAUGACAUGCUCGGACAGAUAAUAGUAAUAGGGUCCAAAGAGGCUGCAUAUACAUACGGUAUAACUAGUGCUGGAGCAGUUUACUCCAUUACUGCAGCAUGCGCAAAAGGGAACAUUACAACGUGUGGUUGUGACACGAAACAAAAAAGUUUUUCUUCUAGCGAGUCUGAAAACUGGAAAUGGGGAGGUUGUUCCGUAGACAUUGGUUACGGUAUGCGGUUUGCAAAAAAGUUUCUUGAUGCCCGUGAAAUCGAAAACGAUAACCGCAGUCUCAUGAACCUGCACAAUAAUCGUGUCGGAAGAAAGAUAGUGAAGCUGCUCUUACGGACCGAAUGUAAAUGCCACGGCGUUAGUGGUUCCUGUGCCAUGAAAACCUGCUGGAAAAGUCUCCCAUCGUUUCACGUUAUUGGUAACACCAUGAUGAAGAAAUAUCGCAAAGCCAAAAUGGUUUAUGGGAUCAACCUAAGGAAUAGUCAACUUCAACUCGUACUGAAACGAAAAGGCAACAAAAUGCAGCAAAAAAAUGGCAAAAUACUGAGUGAUGGUCAAAUUCCAAAGAGAACGGAGUUAAUCUAUUUGGAGCCUUCGCCAAAUUAUUGUGAGCGUAAUAUCAGUAUUGGUGUUCUGGGUACAACAGAUAGAAAUUGCAAUCGUACUUCAACUUCCGUGGAUCGGUGCGAUCUGUUGUGUUGCGGACGAGGCUAUAACACGCACCAGAUCGACCGGACCUGGCAAUGUAAUUGUAAGUUUAAAUGGUGCUGCACUGUGACGUGCGAUGUCUGCUCCGAGCGCAAGGAAGAGUACACUUGUAAAUAAACUAGUAUUACACAUUUGAUAA